GCACAACACACCACGUCAGUUGUCCGAUCCGAUACACAUCGAGGCCAUAUUGGAAGCUUUGAAGGAAGAAGAUUAUGGAAUGCUAUGUACCGUUCUGACCAGGUCAUGAUUCGCGUAUCUAACACUGUAACACUAUGGGUUAUCUACGUGACGUUAAUAACGUACACUCAGAGCACCCAAAGAUACAUCGAAGUUCCUUCGAUACUGCCCAUUCAAUGACCGUAAAGUCGAGCCACGAGAUAUCAGACGAAACUUAUAAGCGUCGCAACCGAGCCGACAGCGGUACAUUCGCAUGUGACAACGAAGCAGAUUCUUUCUGCAAAACAAUGCUACGUUUUACCGACUACCUGAUCGAACAAGACCCCAAGCUUGGAAAGCCUGAUCAGCUUACCCUACGUUACUUCAGGCGAGUCUACCAGAUCCCGGACAAUACUAAUUACGUGAUUACCAAAUUUCUGAACCGUAUCAAACUCAUCACGGCACCCUCUGAUCCUGCCGACGUACCAGGUUUGGCUCAUUGCAUACAACUCGUGUCGAAUCAUGAGUCAGGAAGUUGGGCCGAGAACCGGGCUAAGAAUGAGCGUACGGUCAAGGAUUUACUACUAGACCGAACAAACCGGGCAUGUAAUCGCGAUACCUUCGCUGUUGGAAAGGUCGUCGGCGGACGAUGGACUAUCAUGUCCGAGUUGGGCUUCGGCAACGGAACUUAUAAUCAAGGCAUCCUUUUCGUGCGCGAUUGUCUCUAG